CCGGGGAUAUCGCUCGCGCUGCAUUGCCCGUUAUCUGUGCACCGUGCGCAUCAGCCGUCGAGGAUUUCUACACAGAUUUGUGCUUCUCUCGGCGACCGUGUUUUCCAUAACAGAAGAAAUCUCCUUCGUCCUUGAUUCACGAUGAAAGCGCGUGUGCGAAUACGCAAAGUUCAAAGUAUCAUCAACAUCUCUUUUCUCUUUCAUCUUGCGCGCAAUCUAGAUUAGAUUCUACCGUAUCUAAAUAUCAAAUUGUGCGCCAAUUCGGUUGAUUAAAAUUCUUUUUGCGGCCAACAAUUGUGUCGCGAUGGUGACCGCUUUGUUUUAUUAACGUUGUGAAAAAAAACUCAAAUGUGCAAUCGCAAAAAGCGAAUCGUCAACGCCGAUCCGCAGGUCGGCGUUGAAUCUUUGAGCGGAUGAGACUGUCGGCCUGAUCUUAUCGAUUUGCUUUCAGAUCUUAUCGGCGCGACCACAUUUGUAUUUUUGAUACGUGGAAAGCGUUUAUAAGCUAAGAACGAUUACAAAUGUUGGAAUCAUAUCGCGAUCGGAGCAACGGAGAUUGCUCUUUGCCCUCUCCUUCCCUCGGCCAAGCUGUCGAUCAUAUUUUGUCGAUGAGCGAACCGAAGAUGGCCGACGGGCUUUUGAAAUUGAGGCACCCGUGCCCACAUCUCAAUGACCGCUCAGUGACGUUCUGCUCCUACCGCAUAUAAAGAUUUCCUCCUUUCCUUCCGAGGGAUUCUCUAUUCGUUCCCUAUUCAUCCGACGGACGUUCGCCGCGUGUUUCAAGCGCAAACAGUGACGAGAAAAGAAAUUUUGCUUCUGAUCAAAAGUUGUGCGGGUUGGUCUCUCGUUGGCGCUUGACGACGAACCUCGUAACCGUGGCUGAAUUCUCUCGCACGCGAUGGACAUCGACGCCGAUUCCUGUCUCAAAGACUGGAACGACCUGGCAAAGGAGUACAAGGAGCUCGAGAUAUUAAACAGAGAGUAUCUUGCAAAAUUAGAACAAGUUGGUGAGCUGCAGGCAAAAUGUGUCAAAGCUAUCUCUCACCAAAGGUACAGAAUGGGUGUAAUAUCCAAAUCCAUAAAACAUUUAAACAAAGAAACACAAGAAGAUUUACGAAAAUCUAUGGCCAGGAGAGAGCAACAACUUUGCGAAAUAGGACAAACACUACCAAAGCCAAAUGGCACAUAUCUUAAAAUUAUCUUGGGAAAUGUUAAUGUCUCCAUAUUAAACAAAAACGACAAAUUCAAAUACAAGGAUGAAUAUGAGAAAUUUAAAUUAGUUCUUUCAGUAAUUGGCUUUGUGCUGUCUGUACUAAACUUGUUUACCAAUGUAAGAACUCUAGAAUUAAGUUUCAUGUUUCUUCUUGUCUGGUAUUAUUGUACGUUAACGAUAAGAGAAAGUAUACUUAAGGUGAAUGGAUCUAGGAUCAAAGGAUGGUGGAGAUUUCAUCAUUUUCUCUCAACUGUGAUAUCUGGUGUUCUACUGGUAUGGCCAAAUACUGGACCGUGGUAUGAAUUUCGUAGUCAGUUCAUGUGGUUCAACGUUUACAUCAGUGUAGUUCAAUACUUGCAAUUUCGAUAUCAGCGUGGCGUUUUGUAUCGGUUAAAAGCGCUUGGGGAAAGGGAUAACAUGGACAUCACUAUCGAAGGAUUUCACUCGUGGAUGUGGCGCGGCCUCUCAUUUUUGUUGCCGUUUCUUUUUAUCGGUUACUUUUUUCAAUUGUACAAUGCGUACACAUUGUACAAUCUGAUGUAUCAUCCAGAAGCUACGUGGCACGUGCCGGUGCUUAGUGCCAUGUUUCUCGUACUAUUCUUGGGUAAUAGUACCACCACCAUUAUGGUGAUUCCGCAGAAGCUUGUGAAGGAAAGAAUUAAAGAUCACUUGUUCGCGUCCAAGCUCGAUCGUAAGAAAGAAGGAAACACGCACGACAAAGAUAACAAAUUUGCGAAGGAUGAGUAAAGGAAGAACAGACACUUUGCGAUAUAAAAAAGUGUUGUGCUCUUGAGCGUCGAGCGAGAACAAUUACGAGUGCAUGUUACACAGUUAAAAAUGUCAAUAAUAUAUAUACGAACACAUACGACGCGAAUAAGAAAAGAACUUCGACUGGAAACAAUAAGUAUUGUUUUUACACAUUUUUGUUGACCGAUUUGCGUUAAGUAUUCGAUAUUCCUCGAAUGUCCUCAAGAACAAUUCUGGAUUCUUCAACUGUUCCGGAGUUAAAAUACAAUUUUUUUCUUUUUCUUAAUUGAUCUACAUAAGAGAGAAAUCCCGUACGCAAGAUCGUGUUUUUCUUCGUUUUGAAAUUUGAUCUGUGUACAGUUCAAAUCAUAUGAUUGAUUGAUCUUUAUUUAGCUUUCUCAGCUAUUUCAAAUACAGUUUUAACAAACAUUUAUGUCGCGUACUAUAGACUGGGAUUGAGACUGUGUUCAAAACUAACGAUCGUAUCGAACCACUUACAUUAAAGCGAGCUCAUUCUUAGCGGAGGACUUUGUCCUCACGAACCGAUAAAUUCCAGUACAAUGUAUGUCAAUCCUAAUCUGUAGCGCUAUUAAGUUCCGAAUGAAAAAAUUGUUAAUAGUUAUUUCGAACUAGCCUCUGAGAUAAUUAAGAAUUCAGACUAUCGCAUACACAUGGGGGAACAUUUUUUUAGUCAAAAAUUAUCAAUGUGCAAAGAAUAUUUGUAGUUUUUAAAUGUUUUUCAUAUCUCUUUUUUAUACGCGUCAUGUAAAACGAUUUCUCUAUGUCUCUGAAAAAUUUUGAUUACGUCAAAAUAAAUCGAUUAAUCUCGCGCGAUCUGUUCCAUCGAAAACAACAACAACAACAACAAAAAAACGAAUUCUGCACCGAUCAAACAGACUACACAUUCGCGAAUUCAAUCCGUUCAUUCUGGGGAAUAUUUAUAUAUAAAAUAUGCCAUGUUUUUGUAAUUGAUUUGUUGUCGGGAAUAAUUUAUUUUUAACCAGAUUAUAUUAUUUGUGUCCUCAGUAUAUUCGGUAUACUCGUAUCAAGUUGUGCACUCAUUUGCAAAUAUCGACGCGAGGUUCGCACGCGAUGAGAAGCCUCGGCCGUGUUAAUUUACAAAGAACUUUAUGUGUGUACGUAGACAAGCACAUUUCGAUUGCAUACCGAUUUUUUUUUUUUUGUUUUCCCGAAUGUUUUACGGAAGAGUCUCUACAUAUACACACGCACACGCACACGUUUGUAAAUUAUUAUCUAUAUGUCUAUACACACUUACGUAUAUAUAUAUACAUGAAAAAUGGUGUUAUAAGUUUAAAUUGCACGAAGUAAUUUGUGCUGAACGCGUUUCGAUGAUACUUGUUAUACUUAACUUUUUCAAUGUAUCAAAACACAUAAAUAAAAGCGUAACCGAGCAGCCUAAAUUUUUACAACGAAACAGACAAAAUUCACUUCACGCGUCGAGUCGCAAUUAAUUCUUGUUUAAUGCAGUUCUCAUUGUUUUUACACACAUCUAUUUUGUUCACAUCGUACGCGAACGUAAAAAUUUGUAUAUACAUAUACCUUUAUUGCGAAUGUAUGUUUUUUUAUCUUAAGCGCAAAAUUUAUAAU